AUGGCCCCGCGAGCCUCCGCCUCACCCUCGCCUGCACCAGAAGCACCUGUCGCGUCUACACCAGGUCCUCGCGCCGCAGCUCUGCAAAAGGUCUUUGCUGGCGCUCUGUCGUCGUCUCUCAAGGCAAACUCGUACGCGAACUUCAGUUCGUGUUUCGCAACGCCCGCGAAAUACUGUCCGACUGCGCUCGAAGGAGUCUGGAGACAACUGAACACGCGGUUGGAGGAAGAAUGCAUGCGCGAUUUCGAGAAGAUCCUGGAAGAAAGACAGGUCAUCUCGGGCCUGAAUCAAUGGGACAGCAUGAUUGACGAGGCCAGAAGGAGAAAGAACCGCGCCGUGGAAGGCGAAAUGCCGGAGAGACCAUUGCACACUUUAUCCGCAAACGAAUUGUACACGGCUCACUUCACGCCCUAUCUGCAAGAAGCAACCGACGACUUGAAUGCGAAAUUACAGAAGGCGCAGCAAGAAAAUGCGGCAAUGGGGGAUACAAUCCAGGGGCAACGUGGUGAAAUUGAGCGGCUGCUAGCCGGCCUCGAAUGCGCCGUCAAGGAUAUUGAAGGAAGCGUUGAGGCAAUGCGCACAGACGAACCGAGUGGCUUCCAUGGGUUGAGAGACGAGGUGUGGCAAAUGGAACAAGAGGUCGCUGCAACAAGAUAG